AUGGAGCAGCGACGCGGCGGCAAGCCCAAGGUGGUCUUCGUGCUGGGCGCCACGGCCACGGGCAAGUCCAAGCUGGCCAUCUCCCUGGCGGCGCGCUUCGGCGGCGAGGUGAUCAACUCGGACAAGAUCCAGGUGUACGCUGGCCUCCCCGUGAUUACCAACAAGGUGACGGACGAGGAGUGCGCGGGCGUGCCGCACCACCUCCUCGGCUCUGUGCCGUGCCCCGACGCUGACUUCACCGUCGACGACUUCUGCCGGGAGGCGGCUGACGCGAUCAAGCGCGUUCUCUCCCACGGCGGCCUCCCGGUGGUGGCCGGCGGCUCCAACAGGUACGUCGAGGCGCUUGUCGACGGAGAUGGCGGCGCCUUCCGCUCCUCACAUGACUGCCUCUUCGUCUGGCUUGACGCCGCGCCAGAAGUCCUCCGCCGGUCCACAGCGGUACGGGUGGACGACAUGGUGCGGCGCGGACUGGUGGAAGAGGCUCGCGCUGCGUUCGACCCGGAUGCCAGCUACACCAGGGGCGUGCGUCGCGCCAUCGGCCUGCCGGAGAUGGACGCGUACCUGCGGCGUGCGAGCGACGGCGAUGACGAGGCGAUGCUGGGGAGAGCGGUGGAGGAGAUCAAGGUUAACACGUUCGGGCUGGUGCUGGAGCAGGUGGAGAAGAUCCGGCGGCUGAGCACGCUGGAGGGAUGGGACGUCCGGCGGGUGGACUGCACGGAGGUGCUGGCGCGGAUGGUGGACGGCGAAGGGGUGCAGGAGCUAUGGAGGAAGGUGGUCUGGGAGCCCGUCGAGGACAUGGUGCGGACCUUCGUCAUCGCGGAGAAGAGCUGUGGGAAGAUCAGCCUGCUGGCCUAG